CGGCUGCAAAAGCAGCUAGAGCCACACCUCAAAAAGCUCACUAUUCCGGUUGCCAGCAAGGCAGACUGAUGAAAUGCCUUGUUUCUCUCCAUAAGAUCUAUUUGACAUGGAUCAUAGUGGACAGGUUUGAGGGUGCAUCAAAAAUAUGAAGGUAUGGCUGGUAUCUCCCAAAAAGUCAUCCCAUGAGCUGUAUCUUCCCUGGCAGCUCAGUUUUAUUGUGUCUUCCAGUCCAAACUUAAACCACUCAACUGAAGAAGGGCAUACUGAUAGGUUUACUUCAUGGUACCUGGAACGGAUGCAAAAUCCGCAUCUCGUCCAUAUGAAAGAAUGGUGCGCAAAAUAUGGCGUCAUACCGCCACUCCUCAUCCCAUGACUCCUCGCCCAUUCAAAUUUCUCUCGCUCAUUUUUUUCUUCUCCCCCAUCCUCACCAGUGGGAAUUUUGGCGAGAAGUACCUCAUAACGUCCAAAAAGCAUCAGAUACACCGCGUUUACCUGCCCCCACCCCCUCAACAACCUUCCAGCAUGUUGAAGCACUUCCUUUCCCGGAAGCCCAAGUGUGAGCGGGACUUCGAUAAAGCCUACAGCAAGUGGCUGGAUGAAAUAAAACACGAAAAUUAUUCGAAAACGGAAGAAAGCUCAUGGGUCACUCCAUACCUUGAUGAGACAAAGCGUGGCUUUGCCAUCCUUCAGCGACGACGACGCCUCAUAGAGGGACCACUAAUAGUUCCUACCCAAACAAAAGAAAGCGAGCUCUACCGUAACCCGCCGGCCUAUAGUGAUAUUCAGUCACCGCCCAUGGACUGGAAAUCAGAAGCCAAAAAAGACGCGGAUGAGCUUCUAGAGCUAUAUUGGGAGCAUAACUCAAUCCUACAUGCUAUGCUGCUCCGGAAACCUCGGAACAUCGCUAUAAAAGGGUUUGACAUUCUGACUCAUCACAGUGAUCGAAAUGGCCGUUCCUAUUUAUGGGUCAAAUGUCGUGCUCGGUGUGCCGAUGAGGGGGGGUGCUGUGGGCGACCUUGUGGAUGCUGUGCAAAGUCACUGUUGACGUACCUUUGUCCAUCAGAACAGGAAAGCGCACGCAAGACCCGCUAUGUGUACGGCCAUUGUACGGCGGAGUGUCCCUGCUGUAUACAGACACGGCACAGACCCUACCUACCUCAUCCGUCCUUGCCUCCACCGAAGUUCUGAUGUAGGAAGGGGCGAUGGCUAGUUUUCAUCCAUUUAGUAGCUUCGCCAGCUCGUCUCCUUUCUCUUCCUCAACAUCAUCUUUAUUAGCAUAGCUACUUAUUAUUAUGGACAUCGCUCAAAAAAUCCCUUGGUGGGUAUACCUCAUCGUCCCCGUUGUUAUCAUAGCUGCUUCGCUCGUCUGCAAGUCUUGCUGCCUGCCCUUGGACGUCUUUUGCGUGUCGGUUUCAGAGACAGUCAGGAACUGGUUGAAUUCGCGUUCGCGUCGUCCCGCUAGGUCGCAUACGUCUGUCGCUCCUCCCGACUCUUCAUCCGUGGGACUUCAGUCCCUGCCUCCAA